AUGCUCUUCCUACGUACCCUCAGGUGUCCAGGACAGAGGCAGUUCCCUGGGAUCCGGGACUGUUCCAGCCUGAAUGGGGCUGCUGGGGAGCGUGAGAAAUGGCCCCAGCCUCCCCCAGGGCUGAGCUCUGCCCCUAACGCUCUGAUUCUCUCUCCAGUGAAUGUGACUCUGGAUCCAGACACGGCUCAUCCCAACCUCAUCCUGUCUGAGCAUCGGAAAAUUGUGAGAUGGGGACACACGCAGCAGCGACUGCCCAACAACCCUGGGAGAUUUGACACUUGGCCCUGGGUGCUGGGCUGUGAGGGAUUCACCUCGGGGAGACAUUGCUGGGAGGUGGAGGUGGAGGUGGAGGAUGGGCGAUGCUGGGCUGUGGGGGUGGCCAGAGAGUCUGUGGGGAGGAAGGGAUGGAUCAGCCAUAGCCCUGAGGGGGGGAUCUGGGCUGUGAGGCGGUGGGGGGAUCAGUUCUGGGCUCUCACCUCCCCUGAGACCCCCCUGCCCCUGAGCCGGGUCCCCAGCAGGAUCCGGGUUUGUCUGGAUUGUGACUGGGGGCAGGUGACAUUUAUCGAUGCUGGUGACGAGGCCCCGAUCUUCACUUUCCCGCCGGGCUCCAUCCCUGGGGGGAGAAUCCGACCCUGGUUCUGUGUGGUGGGGACAUGGGGAUCCCGGCUCAGACUGUGUCCCUGAGACACACUGCAGAGAGUGGAACUGGAAAUGAGCCUCUCUAGCCACACAAAGCCCAGUCUCUAUGACCUUGGAGGACUCCCAUCUACCCAGCCUCUGGCUCCUCAUCUCUAUGGCCCCUGAAAGCACCUCCCCCGCCCUCUUUGCAGCCCCAGGGAUGGGAGGGGGAAGAACUCCUGAAGCUGCAGGAGGGGCAGAGGUGGGGGCUUGGCAGGGGGAACUAACAGCCGGGCUGGGGACAGGCGGAGGUGGGGGUUGCAGGGGCACAGCGUGAAUCAAUCAGGGUUUGGAGGGUUGGGGAGAAGCAGCAGCAGCCAGGAGCGUUUUGUACAGAUCUGUGUCCUUAGAUCUCACUGGGGGCUCCCAGCCGGGGAUCAGCACGAGGGGAAGGGAUAAAAUCAGGGAAAGAAGAGAGCAGCCGAGGGGGAUGAUCUGUGACAGGGAGGAGAGACACAGGGAAAUAAACGGGGAUAGGAAGUGAGGCUAGAACAAUAAUGAAUAGAAAAGGACAGUAUGGAAGGAAAGGGAACGUGAGCGGGAUGGGGAGAUUUAUUUCAUGUUACUGAAAGUGAGACUGUAACUCAUUAAUUCCCUAUAUUAAUUCCUGGCCAUUGGUGCUAUUUUAGUGCCAUAAAGAAAACUGUUCUCAGUAGUUGGGGAUCUCCUUGUUGGGCUGUGGUUAUUAAAGCUCCUUCUUAACUUCUUCUGCUUUGCUACUUUCCAGCUACUUACUGUAAAUAAAACAUUACAAACAAUUCUUCUUCUUUGUUCCACUUUAAUGUCUCAGGUGCAGGUGGGCAUCAUGGGAUUUGCUUCCCAACUGGGUUGUGUCCCUCCAACCCCCACAAGGAAUAUCGCGCCUUUAGGAAGAGAGAUUGGAUUUUAAUGUGAUGUGUCACUCUCCAGCCUGUGCUCUGUCUCUAUCCUGUAUCCACCCGUGUCAAUCAGGAAUUGCUCAGAUGUGCUCUAUGAAGAGGUGACUGGUUACACAGGGUGCGAUCCAUGAAGGGACUUGGG